AUGAGUGCGCUUAAGAGCAUGUCUGAGAAAUAUCACUUGAACCAUCCAGAACUGAAUGAAGGAAGCAACAUUGUCCUAUCAGAUGAUGAAAUAGAGUUAGCACUAGGAAAAGCAUUUAAAGGAAAUCAAAAGCAUAUUGGCUCUUUUCAGAAUGCUUUAAUCUCUACAGCUUCUAUAUUAGCGAUUGUGUCGCUAAUUACCUUGAAUUUCAUUGAUAAAAGAUACCUAUCGUCUAUCAUGGAUGGCUAUGAUGCUGAUGAUGAGAUUAUCUACCACUUAUCCCAAUACUCUGAGCGGCCACCUACUACUAUAUUUAUCAGCUUUUUACUGUUGCUUCUGAGUUCUUCAGCACCGAUUGAUUUCGAAAGGGGCUUUAUUCAGAUAUCUAUAUACAUUCUCGUUAUAUGGUGCCAGUGUUCCUACCUUAUUAUGAUUAUUUCGUCUGUCAUCAAAGACCUUGCUAUACAAAAAGGCUUCGGAUGGCUUCUUGUUGUGAUGUGUUCGAUUACCAUACAUUCGUUCCUUUUCCCGUUACACAGUGGUCGUGGCAAGAUUGCAUAUCUCAAGUCUUUUCACUCUUGGAUUACGAUUUUAGGAUGUUUGUUCGAGAUUUGCAAGUAUUCAACAUACAACAUGACAAAUUUUGUGCUAUACUACGGUGGUAUUGGCGGUCGGAAUUAUGGACGUCUGGUUCUAGGGCUUUCUAUAAUUCAUGUUUCCACAAUCGUUGUAGUCGGCUUAUCUCUUCUAGCUACAGUGAUAUCCUCAUCUGAUGAUGACUCGGAAGUAUUAGCUUUCUCUGAUGAUACGGACCUUGAAGAAUGCGAUUUUGAGUGUUGUAAGACAUUGGAAGAAAUCAAGGAAAAUGUAAAGCCAUGGGAGAUCACUAUGCUUAUCCCAUUUGUUGUCGUUUCUAUUUGUCAUUGCUAUCAAAUGCAAUGGGCUCAAGUUGCAAUGAGUAGCAGCAACUGA